AUGUCUAAUGUGUUAAAAGUUGCUAAGCCUAAAGUGGCGAAGAAGAUGGAACUUCAAGCCAGUAAAAAAGGAAAUAAAGUUCCUUUUCCUGCUGGUGAGAUGAAACAAAAAAAAAAGAGACGAGAGUCCUAUGCUGUUUAUAUAUACAAUGUAUUAAAGCAAGUCCACCCUGAUGUUGGAGUUUCUUCUAAAGCGAUGACAAUCAUGAAUUCUUUUGUCAACGAUAUUUUUGAAAGAAUUUCUUCUGAAGCAUCAAGACUUUCCGUUCAAAACAAGAAGUCUACUAUUUCGUCUCGCGAAAUUCAAACCGCAGUACGCCUUUUACUUCCUGGUGAAUUAGCAAAACAUGCUGUGAGUGAAGGUACCAAAAGUGUUGCAAAGGAGGUAGUUUCAAAAGCUAUUGAUCUUGCCUUCAGUUCAAAGCAGUUUGGUGCUCUGCAAUUAAUAUCAGAUGAUCUUGAUGAGAAUGUUGAUCCACAAGUACUACAUAAUUUCUUAAUAUAUUUCUCAUAA